AUGGCGUUGUACCCAGGAUGUACAUUCGUCUCGCUUGUGUUAUAUUUUUGUCGAGGAGAAUCUACUCUUGGUCACAUCGGAGCAAAGACAACUAAGAUAUUUUGGGAAAAGAUGAAUGAAGAUUGGAUGACGAAAACAAAUAAAGCUCAAUGGAAACGAAUUUCACAACGUUGUAAGUUUUUGUGGAACCUCUCAAAUUGUAUCGGUAGCUUAGAUGGUAAACAUAUUCACAUUGAGAAACUGCCGAAUACUGGUUCGAGUAAUUUCAAUUACAAGACAUAUCACUCAAUAGUGUUAUUAGUGUGCUGUGACGCUGACGGCCUUUUUACUAUGAUAGAAACUGGAUAUGCUGGUAGGAACAGAGAUGGAGGGAUAUUUCGAGCUUCAGCAAUGAAAUAUUGGUUGACACGCAAGGAACUUGAUAUUCCUUCACCUGCAAAGCUACAUCAUGAUGAAAAUGUCGGCAAAUUUCAGUAUUAUUUUGUGAGUGAUGAGGCAUUUCCAUUAUCGACAUAUUUGAUGAGCCCCUACCCAAGACGAAAUCUUAACACCACACAAAGAAUAUUUAACUAUCGACUAAGCCGUGGUAGAAAAACGAUAGAAUGUACAUUUGGAAUGAUGACAGAGAAAUUUCAAGUGUUAAGUACUGCCAUUCGUUGCCAUGAUGUUGGUUAA